AUGUCCGGCUGCGAGCCCCGCCGCGCCCGCCCGCUGCUGCUGCUGCUCGCCCUCGGCAGCCUGAGCGCUGCCCAGCCCCGCCAGGGUUAUUUGAUUGCAGCACCUUCUGUUUUCCGCUCUGGGGUGGAGGAAGCCAUAAGUGUGACCAUCUUCAACCCUGCCAAGGAGACCACGGUGCAGAUCCAGCUGGUGGUCAAAGGAGAGACAGUGUCACGGAGCCACGGGACCGUCCUGGAUAAAGGAACAAUAAAGCUGAAGGUGCCUUCAGGGCUUCGUGGACAAGCACACCUGAAGGUUUGGGGCAACAGGCACCUGGCAGAGGAAGGGUACAUUUUCCACAACUACACCACAGUCACCAUCGACAGCAAGGGCUCCUCAGUGUUCAUCCAGACUGACAAACCUGUCUACAAACCCAAGCAGAAAGUGUUGAUAAACCUCUUUAUGGUGACUUCUGACCUGAGGCCAGUCAAUGACAGGAUUGAAGCUUAUGUGGUGGAUCCUCGGGGGUCUCGGAUGAUAGAAUGGAAUAACCUGAAGCCAUUCUGUUGUGGCAUUGUCAAUAUGACUUUUCCUCUGUCUGAUCAGCCAGUGUUUGGGGAGUGGCUCAUCUUUGCUGAGAUGCAGGGACACACUUACAACAAAUCCUUUGAGGUACAGAAAUACGUGCUGCCAAAGUUUGAGUUGCUGAUCGACCCCCCUCGCUACAUUCGGGACCUUUCACUGUGUGAAAAAGGAACUGUCCAUGCCAGGUACACAUUUGGAAAACCAGUGACAGGGAAGUUAAUUGUCAAUAUGACUAUAAAUGGUGUUGGGUACUACAGACAUGAAGUGGGACACCCUGUCCUCAAGACCACCCAGAUGGAUGGCUCUGCCGUGUUUGAUGUGUGUGUCAAGGACAUGAUGCCAGCAGAUGUGCCCGAGCACUUCCGAGGCACUGUCAACAUCUGGGCCACGGUGAUCAGCUCUGAUGGCAGCAAGCAGGUGACCUUUGAUGACUCCACACCUGUCCAGAAGCAGCUGAUUGACAUCAAGUACUCCAAGGACACCAGAAAACAGUUCAAACCUGGGCUGCCUUACAAAGGCAAGGUGGAAGUCACUUACCCUGAUGGAAGUCCAGCUGACAGAGUCACCAUCCGAAUUAAAGCUGAGCUCACGCCCAAGGACAAUGUUUACACCAGUGAGCUGGUCUCAAGGAAUGGCCUGGUGGAGUUUGAAAUCCCCUCCAUCCCCACAGCUGCCCAGUAUGUCUGGCUGGAGACCAAAGUGAUAGCAAUUGAUGGGAAACCCUCUGGGGAUCAAUAUCUGCCCAACUACUUGUCCAUCAGCAGCUGGUACUCACCCAGCAAGUGUCACAUCCAGCUCCAGGCACCAGAUAAACCUUUCCAGGUGGGAGAGGAGGCCUGGAUUGCAGUCAAGUCCACGUGUCCUUGCAAUUUCACCCUCCACUAUGAGGUGGCAUCACGAGGGAACAUUGUCCUGUCAGGGCUGCAGCCCAGCAGUGUCACCCAGCAGAGGAGCAGAAGAGCCACCACUCCCUUUGAGAGGAACAUUGACCUCACACACUUCCCAGGAACAGUUGCUGUUGCAGCCCCCCCCAGCCCUCCUGCAGCAGAGGUUGAGGUGUGUGUGACCUUCCUGAGGUUCGGGGUCCUGCACUCCAUGGCUCCCCUGGGCCGGCUGCUGGUGUUCUACGUCAGGGAGAACGGAGAGGGGGUCACUGACAGCCUGCAGUUCCCUGUCAGCCCCUCCUUCGAGAACCAGGUUACUGUGGCGCUCUCAGCCAACGAGACCAGACCUGGAGAUGUUGUGAGCAUCAAGGUGAGAGCUGCCAAAGGGAGCUGUGUCUGCAUUGCCUCAGUGGACAAGAGUGUUCACCUGCUCAAGCCAGGCUUCCAGCUCACAGCCAGCCAGGUGUUCCAGGAGCUGGCAGAGUUCGAUGUGUCUGAUGCUUUUGGAGCCCCAAAGGACGAGGGGCACUUCUGGUGGCCGGGCCUGAGCUCGCGGCGGCGCCGCUCCUCCGUCUUCCCCUGGCACUGGGACGUCACCAAGGAUGCUGGCUUUGCCUUCACAGAAACUGGCUUGGUGGUGAUGACUGACAUAGUCAGCCUGAACCACAGGCAGAAUGGAGGGAUGUACACAGAUGAGGCUGUCCCAGCCUUCCAGCCACACACUGGCACCUUAGUGGCCACCAUGCAUUCCAAAAUAGCACCAAGCAGAGCAGAGAAGAGGAAAAGAACCUUCUUCCCUGAGACGUGGAUUUGGCACUGCCUCAAUGUCAGUAACAGCUCGGGGGAAGCCCAGCUGCAGGUGGAGGUGCCUGACUCCAUCACCACGUGGAUCACAGAGGCUGUGGCUGUGUCUGAGGAGAGGGGGCUGGGCAUUGCCAGGCAGACAGAGCUGAAAACCUUCAAACCUUUCUUCAUCGACUUCACUCUGCCCUACCACGUCAUCCGGGGCGAGCAGACCAAGAUCCCCCUCACUGUCUACAACUACCUGGCUGUGUGUGCAGAGGUCCAUGUGAAGAUUUCUGUCCCAAAAGGCAUCAAGUUUGUUGGGCACCCUGGGAAGCACCACCUGACCAGGAAGAAAUGUGUGGCCCCUGGGGAAGCCAAGCCCACCUCCAUCGUUCUGUCCUUCAGUGAGCUGGGCCUGAGCAACAUCACUGCAAAAGCUUUUGCCUAUGGUGGGACCAACUGCUGUCAGGAGGGGAUGCAGACCCUCAAGAGUGGCAAACACUCAGAGGAUUCUCACAUGGACAAAAGGACCCCUGUGGGGGUGGAUUAUGUUCGCAGCAGUGUCAUUAUUGAGCCAGAGGGACUGUCCAGAGAAUACACCUACAGUGUGUUCUUCUGCCCAAAUGAGAAAAUCCACAUUUCCACCCCUAACAAGUAUGAGUACCAGUACCUGCAGAAGCCAGCCCAGAUGAGGCACUUUGACCUGGCAGUGAAGGCUCACAAUGAUGCUCACCUGGCACUGAGCUCUGGCCCCCAUGACAUGGCAGAGAUGGCAGAGGUGGUCCUUGGGGGACAGCAGAACACCAGAACCUGGAUCUCCAGCAGCAAGAUGGGAGAGCCAGUGGCCAGCAGGGACACACCUGGCAUCCUCUCCUGGGAUGAGUUCCGCAGCUUCUGGAUCAGCUGGGAAAAUGGAGUUAUCCAGGUUGGCCACGGUACUCGGGUGCUAAACGAAUCUAUUAUUGUGGAGUGGACAGUCCCCAAACAGCUUGAGGUGAAGUACAUUGGCUUUUCCACAGGCUGGGGGUCAAUGGGAGAGUUUAAAAUUUGGAGAAAAGAAGAGACUGAUGAAAAUCACAAUGAAGCAUUUACUCUUGGAGUUCCCCACAACAUAAUUCCAGGAUCAGAAAGAGCUACGGCUUCAAUAAUAGGAGAUGUGAUGGGUCCUACUCUGAACAACCUGGACAAGCUGCUGAGGUUGCCCUUUGGCUGUGGGGAGCAGAACAUGAUCCAUUUUGCUCCCAAUGUCUUUGUCCUGAAAUACCUGCAGAAAACCAAGCAGCUCAGUCACGAGGUGGAGGCUGAAGCCACUGAUUACCUUGUUCAAGGCUACCAGCGCCAGCUGACCUACAAGAGGCAGGAUGGCUCCUACAGUGCUUUUGGGGAGAGGGACUCAUCAGGCAGCAUGUGGUUAACAGCUUUUGUCCUCAAGUCCUUUGCUCAGUCUCGUGGGUUUAUUUUCAUUGACCCCAAAGAACUCACAGCUGCCAAAGACUGGAUCAUCCAGCACCAGAAAGAAGAUGGUUCUUUCCCUGCUAUGGGCAGGAUACUAAACAAGGACAUUCAGGGUGGGAUCCAUGGGAAGAUCUCCCUGACAGCUUAUGUGGUUGCAUCUCUUCUGGAAACAGGUGUCACUUCUGAGGAAGAAAGAAGAGCUGUUGACAAAGCAAAACACUUCCUGGAGUCCAACCUGUACUCAGCAGAAGAUCCCUACACCACAGCCCUGAGUGCCUACGCCCUGACCCUGCUGCACAGCCCCUCUGCAGCCACCACUCUGCACAGGAUGAACAGCAUGGCCAUCACCCAAGAUGGCUUCACUCACUGGAGCCUCACAGGAACCCUUGUCACUGAUGAAGACACCUUCAUGGGGUUUAAUGAUGGACUCUCUCAAUCAGUUGUCUCUGCAGAAGUGGAAAUGACAUCUUAUGCCCUUCUGACCUACACACUGCUGGGAGACGUGGCCUCUGCCCUCCCUGUGGUCAAGUGGCUCUCACAGCAGAGGAAUGCACUGGGGGGAUUCUCAUCUACUCAGGACACCUGUGUGGCCCUGCAGGCUCUGGCUGAAUAUGCCAUCCUCUCUUAUGUUGGAGGAGUCAACCUGACCAUUUCCUUGGCUUCCACUAACCUGGACUACCAGGAGACCUUUGAGCUUAACAAGAUGAAUAAAAAAGUCCUUCAGACUGCAGUGAUCCCCAGUAUUCCAACAGGGCUGUUUGUGAGUGCCAAAGGUGAAGGCUGCUGUCUGAUGCAGAUCGAUGUCACGUACAAUGUCCCCGACCCCAUUGCCAAGCCAGCCUUCCAGCUGCUGGUGAACCUGAAGGAGCCCAAGGCAGAGCAGCAGCUGCCAGCCCCAGCCCCUCUGCCUUCUGCCCCCCAGAGCCCCCCAGCCCUGCACAGGGACAGAGCCCUGGGGGACGACGAGGACCCUGCCUCAGACCACGACCACAGAGAGUACAAGGUCAUCCUGGAGACCUGCACCAGAUGGCUGCACUCUGGAUCCUCAAACAUGGCUGUGUUGGAAGUGCCUCUGUUCUCUGGAUUUAGGGCAGAUAUUGAGAGCCUGGAGCAGUUAUUGAUGAACAAGCAAAUUGGGUUAAAAAGAUAUGAAGUGGAUGGAAGAAAAGUCCUGUUUUAUUUUGAUGAGAUCCCCAGCCAGUGCAUGACCUGUGUGAAGUUCCAAGCUUUCAGAGAGCACAUAGUUGGGAAAACAGCCCCUGUUCCCAUCAAAGUGUACGACUACUACGAGCCAGCUUUUGAAGCCACUCGUUUCUACAACGUGAGUGAGAACAGCCCCCUGGCCCGGGAGCUCUGCGAUGGCACAACCUGCAACGAGGUGGAGAGCUCGGCCAGCCAGUGGCUUGGCUUUGUCCACUCUGGGCCUUGCAACAGCAUCUUUGGGUGCCUGGAGGAGGAGCCCCUGGAGCAGUGCCUGUGCUCGCGGGACUGCGGCUACGACGGGGAGCCCGUCUGCGGCUCCGACGGGCACAUCUACCCCAACCCCUGCCAGAUGGAGGUGGCAUCCUGCAGGAACAACACCAGCAUCGAGCAGAUGCCCAUGGCUCACUGUGCUGCCUCCAAGAACUUGCCAGAAGAAAGGGAGACACACUCCCACAUAGCUGAGCAGCCCAGUGCUCCCCAGACUCCAGCAGCAGAGGAGGGGUCCCCCCUGCACCCAGACCUGUCCUACUACUCCUACGAGUACGACCCCGACGCCUUCGCCCUGGACGCCGACGUGCUGGAGGUGCUGGGGGAGCUGAGCACGGCCAGGAGCCUGCAGGAGGGGGACAGCCAGGGACAGGCCACCCCAGCAGAGUGAAAUGCAUAAUUUAACUGAAGUGAAGAGGCUCAGAAUGGACUCCUGUACGAGUUUGUUCCUCCAGACCUGCUGCAGAACAGAAUCCCAAUGAUGACUACUUCUGAUGCCCUCAGAACUGUUGGCUUUGCUGCCCCUCGGGGCAGCUCUGGAGCUCUAAGGGGGACACUCAGCAUUAUUUUUCUGUCCAUUUUCCUGCCUUCUGUGCAUCCUCUUUGGAGCCCUUCCAGUGAUGAGAGACCAACAUGCUGUGCCCUCUAGGUGAGAAAAAUAGGGGCUGGAAUUCAAACCUAUAGAGCUUUUCCAAAUGUUUUCUCUGCUAUCAGGAUAUUCUGCAAAUGCCAUUUCCUAGCUACACUUAGAAGCUAAGUCCAGGCCUUGUGCUUAGCUGAACUGCUGUUUGAGGAAAGAUGGCUGAGAAGUUUUUUUUUUUUUUUCUCAAAUUACAAUAAUAAAAAUCAGUGGUUUUUGCCAAUUA